GCCGCGGCCUACCCUUAACUUAUCGGUUGGCUUACGCGCGGUAAAGAUGUUCAAUCAGCCAACGCAACACGUGGUAAUCGUUGCGUUAGCAUGGCUAGUGUCCAGUUCUAGGGCAGUGAUUAGUGAAUUUCCCGAGUACACCAAAUUCCCACCAUCACCGUUGAUUUGUAUCGCCAGCGGUUGCAUCAUCGGGAAGAGCCGGAACGGUCUAGAGGGAAAUCAGUAUGAGGCCUUUUUCGGAAUACCGUACGCUAAGCCACCACUCGGGAAGCUGAGGUUCAGAGAUCCUGUUCCGGUGGAACCCUGGGAUGGCUAUUAUGAUGCCACUUAUGAGCGCAGCAAAUGCAUGCAGAAGAUCAGUGCACACCCGUUGUCGCAGGUGGAAGGAAGUGAGGACUGUCUGUACCUGAAUCUGUACAGACCGAAGUACAUCACAGAUCCCCUGCCAGUAAUUUUCUACAUCCACGGCGGCAGCUACGCUUCCGGCUCCGCUUCAGCGGUCGAGUAUGGCCCCGAACGGUUGAUGGGCACACGCAAGGUGAUCGUGGUCGUGAUUCAGUACCGCCUCGGUGCGUUCGGGUUUCUGUCUACCGAAGAUAAGUGCGCACCCGGCAACUACGGCCUCAAGGAUCAGAACCUGGCCCUGCGGUGGGUGCAGUAUAACAUACAGAAGUUCGGCGGAGACUCCAAACGCAUCACGCUGGUGGGUCAAAGUGCCGGCGGCGCGUCCGUUCAGUUGCAUAUGAUGUCACCGCUGAGCAGAGGCUUAUUUUCCAAAGCGAUCAGCAUGAGCGGAAGCGCACUGGGUUACUGGAAUUAUAACAUUGAUCAGGCAAGGGUUGCACGCAGACAGGCGGCCGUUCUUGGAAUCCCUGACGCGUACACGAUAUCCAACGAGCUACUUAUCGACGAACUGCGCGCGGUGGACGCCAUCGAGCUGGCGAAAAGUAUCGACCGGCUCAAAUAUUUCUACGUGCAUCCAACAGCACUCUAUCAGCCCGUUGUCGAGCGGUACGUGACUAAUACGACAUUCAUGCAUAAGGAACCACGCGCCCUUUGGGCGGCUGGUGACUAUGAGAAAAUUCCCUGGGUUACGGGCUUCCUUCCGAAUGACGGUGCAGCUGAUUCGUUGGGUAUCAUUUCUAACGUCACUUUACUCGAGCAGUUAAAUGAAAAAUCCAGGAUUUUCAUUCCACGUCUAGCUGGUGGAGACUCUGGCACACGGUCAGUGCAGAUGUUGAAGGAGCGCUUCUUCAAUGAUAGUUCUAGGGAACGAUGGUUGACGAGGGAUAAUUUCUUGAAUUUGCAGGAUCUACUAACCGAAUCGACCAUGAUAUAUCCAAUAACUCUUAGUGUAAAGCAACACACCGCACAGAAAAGCUCCAAAAGAGCACCAGUUGGGGUGUACUAUUUUAAUUUCAAAGGCCAUUUUUCGCAAUCAUACCUGUACACCUACACUAGAGAAGACUUCGGAGUGUGCCAUUCGGAUGAGCUGCUGUAUCUAUUCCGAAACACAGCGUUCGCACCCGACUUCCCUAGUGGAUCUCCGGAAUACGUUAUGGCCAAAGGAUUUGUAGACUACAUUGUUAAGACUGCAUAUGAAGGCGUCGUCGGUCCAACGUGUGAACGGGACGAUUGUCAGCUGCUCGAGUUUGUCAAUUCGGACAACCCGAAAGCUCCGGUCGAGCUUAACCUGUACAACGGUUUCGAUGAAGAUUUGUACCAGUUUUGGCGAAAGUUCUAUCGGUUGCAAGGAAUCUAUCACGGUAUUAGCCUUUAAAGAUGACAUUUAAAUACAACCGUUUGAGCGUGCAACUGAUACAUCAAAGUUCCCACACACACUACCAUCAAUCUCACAGGGU